AUGGUGAUGGGACUGGAGAUAAGUACGCAAAAACUGAAGGACCUGACGUGGAAGCACUUUUAUAUCAAUCUAGACAAAGAGAUCUUAUCUGGAUCCAAUUACACAGAACUUGUCUCGAAUGAAAGCUCAGUGUGCACAGGAGUUGACCGCCUGCUUGAAAAAUAUUACUUGUCUACUGUAUACAGCCUUGAGUUUUUCUUUGGCGUGCUUGGUAAUGUUGUUGUGAUGUUUGGAUAUAUUUUCUGCAUGAAGAACUGGACAAGUGGAAGUAUAUACCUUUUCAACCUUUGCUUGUCGGAUUUUGCAUUUCUCUGUACCCUUCCAAUGUUAAUUGAAGGUUAUGCCAAUGAACGUUGGACAUUUGGUCAUGUACUUUGUGUAAGUAACAGAUAUUUACUACAUGAAAAUCUAUACACCAGCAUCCUUUUCCUUACAUUUAUCAGCAUUGAUAGAUACAUGCUCAUCAGAUAUCCUUUCAGAGAUCAUGUCCUGCAGAAGAAAAGAACAGCAAUUCUAAUAUCAAUUGGUAUUUGGAUAUUAGUCACAUUUGAAAUAAUUCCAAUUCUGAUUUUUAUAGGACCAGACAAGGUGGACAAUAAAACUCAAUGCGUUAGCUAUGGCAGCUCUGGAGAUGCAUCAAAAAGCUUAAUAUACAGCCUGUGCCUCACUGUUACUGGAUUUAUUAUUCCAUUAUGUUUGAUGUGUUUCUUUUAUCUGAAGAUAGUUUGUUUUCUGAAACACAGAAAUGAACAGCUUACAUCAUCCAUUUCAAUUGAAAAACCACUGACUUUAGUUUCUAUUGCAGUACUUGUGUUUUCAGUCCUUUUCACUCCUUAUCAUGUAAUGAGAAAUAUCAGGAUUGCCUCGCAAACCGAAACAUGGGAACUAAGUAAAUGUGCAAUUGCCACAAUUAAUUCUAUUUACAUUAUAUCUAGACCUGUGGCUUUCUUGAACAGUGUAAUCAACCCUGUGUUUUAUUUCCUAAUGGGUGACCAUUUUAGAGAAAUGCUUCUUGAUAGAGUGCAGCAUAUGCUUAAAACACUGAAAUCAUAUUGUACACUGGAUUUCAGUUCUUCAUCCUGA